AUGCUCGACCAACAAUUGGACAACAAGAUAGAAAAUGCUGUCAAUAAUAAUAAUUCUUCGACGCCGCCUUACGAGGGGUUCAAUAGCAAGCCACCCUUCAUUCCAAGGAUCGUGCAGGAGUCACUUUUCUUGUACUUCAAAUUGCUUGAGCCGAAGGUCUACGAUGAGACUGUCGAUCCCAUCAUUCAUCUGGAGACCUUUAAAGCAGCAAUACUCCUCCAAGGAGCAUCGGACGCAAUCUUCUGUCGGGUGUUCCCUCCAACCCUUAAGGGGGCCGCUUGGCAAUGGUAUUCAAGCUUGAAGUCGGCCUCCAUCCAUUCUUUUGAAGACAUAUAUCGAUCUUUCGUUUGUCAUUUUAUUAACAGCCGACGACAACAGAAACAGUUUGACUACCUCUACAACAUCAAGCAAAAGGAGGAUGAGUCGAUCCGCACUUUUAUGAAUAGAUUCAAUAUGACGAUCUUGAAGGUCUGCAACUUGGAGCAGUCGACCACGAUGGCUGUGAUGAUGUAUGGCCUACUAAAGAAAGACUUGAAAAAGUCAUUGAUCAAAACUUAUCCUUAA